GGCGCACAAGUCCCGCCUGUAUUUCCCUCUGGAGGAGUCUCAGUGUCGGCGCUCCCGACUGGGGAUUGGAGCGGCGGCUUGUCAUUAAAUGAGCCCACCCUUCACACAGUGUGUAUGAGGGACACCGAGCCAGACAGUGACGGAUCUGAUCCUCCUGCCCGUCACACCAGCACGCCACAAUAUCAACCCGGAGCCAUCCGCCGCGCUGUGACACCUGGCCGGGAUGGAGGGAGAGAUGCAGCCCGCAGAUGAAGGGCCCUGCGCCCCGAAGAUGAGCCGACAGCAACGGGGUCCGUACAGCACACUGAAAACCUUCCAGAGCAAGCGCUCGGCGGGCAAGUCGCGCUUUGACAGGUCCGCUGUGGUCGAGGUGCCUCUGUUUGGCGACGGACAUCACUUCACUUUCCACCCCGAGCAGCCUCAUCAUUUCCAGCCGCACCAUCACCACCACCACCACCAGCGUCUGCAGCAGCUCCACCAAACCAGUGUCGCUAUCAGCAGCAGCAGCCAGCAGCAUCACCCGACGCCUCAGCAGCAGCAGCAGCAGCAGGAUCGUUUCCCAUGUGAGAGCAGGCCCAGCAGCAGAGUUCCGACAUCCACCUCAGCGGCAGCGGCAGCAUCUCCUGCUACCCAGCAGCGGCGCGUCAGCAGCGGCAGAGCGGAGCCCACAUCCUCUCCAGACUGCACCUACGGAAUCAGCUCAGAGAAUCGUCUCAUCCUGGAUGCCUUCGCCCAGCAGUGUAGCCGAGUCCUGAGCCUCCUCAACAACGGCCGUCUUCUGGAGCCCUCCUCCUCCUCUUCCUCCUCCUUCACCUCCAACAUCAAGCUGGAAGACGGAUCAGGGGAGGUGCACAGACUUCACUGCUCCUCGCUGGGGAAGUCCAAACCUGAAGAGAGCUCUUCCACCACAGACCCAGAAGAGGAGGCCCAACAAAGCCAUUUGAACCAACAACAGACCUCUGCUGUUCUCCGCAUCUUUACAGACUCCCUACAGAACUAUCUGCUCUCAGGGCCGCAGCAGCAGCAGCAGCAGCAGCAGCAGCAGCAGCAGCAGCAACAUCUGGCUGCAGGUCUGGAGGAUGAGCAGUGUCCGUCUGCGGAGCCCGGCUCAGGGGUGUCUCCUCCCAGACACAACCUGGGAGGCUGGGGCUCGCCGACUCCGUCAGAGUCGUACGGCCACCCGUCGUCCACGCUGCCCGAGGAGGAAGAGGAGGAGGAGAACUGCUGUCCACGCUGCCUGGAGUUGGAGCAGGAGGUGCUGUCUCUGCAGCAGGAGAACGAGGAGCUCCGCAACAAGCUGGAGAAUAUCCCAGUUCCCUGUCAAAACGCUCUCGACUACUUCAAGACUGUUCUUGAGUUUCACAACCAGCUGGUCCAGCCGAUGCCAGAGGAGCAUCUCACGGAGGAAGAAGAACGACAAACAGUCUUCGAGGGCAGUAAACAGCUGCUGGAGAACUACCCUCUCUACAUCUCUAAUAAGCAGUGGGACGAAGCCGUCAACUCCUCCAAGAAAGAUGGCAGGCGGCUGCUGCGCUACCUGAUUCGCUUCGUCUUCACCACGGACGAGCUCAAGUUCUCCUGCGGUUUGGGCAAAAGGAAACGUUCAGUCCACUCAGGAGAUCCAGGCCUGGAGAGACGACCGCUCAACCCCGUCAAAGUCAGCUGCCUCAGAGAGUUCAUCCGGAUGCACUGUUCCUCAAACCCAGACUGGUGGAUGCCGUCAGAGGAGCAGAUCAACAAAGUGUUCAGCGACGCCGUCGGUCACGCCCGUCAGGGCCGAGCGGUCGGGACGUUCCUGGGCAGCAGCGGCAGCAGCACCAGCAGCCUCUACAUGGACGGCUUCGAUGGACAUCUGUCGCAGGACGAACUGUAUCUGAAAGGCUGCCACAACGGCCAGUCGGACUGAAGUCAGGAGAAACUAAAGACAAAUGCCGGAAAUGUAGCUGUACAACAACAUAUCCCAAAACACUGACCUUAACCUGUCACUUUACCCAGUGAAGAAAACAUUCCAAGGAAGUCUAUGAAACAGAAUAUAACUACAGUCUCUCUGAAGCCGUUCCAAUAGUUUGUAGCUCUUUUGCCAUUUUUAUACCUAGAAUUUUGUUUAGUCGAAAUUAGACUCUUAAGGUGUUUUAAACUUUUAAGAUUUGAGUCUUCCAUUUGCUACUUUUUCUAUGGUUUGAUGUUUUGAGCAGUUCUGUCACUAUCUAUAGAACAGUUCUGUUUGUUUUGAUUUGUGUUUUUGGGAUGGAGUCCCACAAAUUUACCUUAAGGUUCAUCAGGAAGAUAUUUGUGUUAAUGUAACCCAAGUAAGAGACUUAUAUAUCCAUCAUUGACACCGCGUCCUUCAUCGCCUACGUCACUGAAAGUAGCAUUCAAUAUUUAUCCGCCAAAUUCUGCGUCAUUGGCGAAGCACCUUUACUUGCAACCCUUCGACGGGAGUGCCUCUGAGAAAGUCAUGUUGUGUUACCUGUAGUCUUGCACUUUGCAUCCCCGUUUGAUUUUAUUUGAAUGAAUCAAUUCUGAUUUGUCAAGUUUUAAAAGUGCAUUCAAAGUCUUUCCAAUGUGCUUAAAGUGCAGUUUCCUUUGGGUUGAAUUAGGUUUUGGUCAAGGAUGAUCUGUUUUUGAACUUCCUGUAGCAGUCUUAGUUAUGAACAGUUCAAUAACAAUCUGUAAAGGUUACAAGAUGUUUCCUAAAUUAGUUUGAAAUGCUGUAUACGGCAGCUCAAAUGCAGAUUUGCAACAAAAAAACAAACAGUGGAGGAAAAAAAAACGAGAAGACUGUAUUUGUUAUGCUAAUUUCUGCACUUUCUUUGCUCCGUCAUAGAUUAUUUUAUUCACCCCGACGCAAAAAGUAUUCAACUGCAAGGUCAAAUUAAUUGCAUUUCACGUUUUCAUCAGUGAGGAGACUUUUUAACUCGGGAUGAAUGAAUGUUGCCAUCUAAUAAUGCCUUAAACUUAAACCUCCACAGUAUUAAGUGUUGAUGAUUCGUGUGUCAUAUAAUCACAAUGUGUGUUGUUACUGUCUUCUUCACAAUGAGAGAAAAAUAUCCAUUUCUAAAUAACGAUCUGUCGAAAAGAAACGAGCACUUAUUUUGUUAUUUGCACUUUUGAACGUGUCUCGUCCUUGGACAUCAUUUAGCCAUUCGACUUUGUAUUUAUUUUAUUUGGUACUCAAUAACUUCAUGACACAAUGUUUUCUACGUUUUGAAUGUACCAGAUUUAUUAGGUCAGUUUGCCACGUCGACAGUGCUGUGUAAAUGUGUAAUAUAAAGUACAGUAUUGUGUGAGGUGUUCUUGAAAUACCACGUCUCUCUCUUAAGAAGCCAAGUAGAAAAGUGCCACAGAAACCUCCAACCUGUUGGAUUCUGUCGUUGUGUUGCUGUUCUGAAUGUGAGCGUUUCUUUGUAUUUACUCCCUCAAAGUGGCUGUUAUCAACACUGUGAAACAUCAAUAGGAUUUUUACAAAUCGAAUUGCUUCUGUUGUUUUUUAUUUAUAAUAAAUGAAAUAAGCACUGAA